GUAGUAGUAGCGCUUGGGCCUUUGGUCGGCGCGUAGUGCGCAUGCUCCGUGGGGAUGGAGGAGGGGGCUCCCGGCGCCGGAGUGUCUCUGGUUCCCAGCAAAGAGAAGGAGGCGCCCCUCUGCCCUCACGGUCCAACCCUUCUGUUUGCAAAGAUCGUUCGAGGAAAAGAAGAGGGAAGAAGAUUUUACGCUUGCUCUGCCUGCAGAGAAAGGAAAGACUGCAACUUCUUUCAGUGGGAGCAUGAAAAGGUGUCAGAAGCUAGACUUUCCGCACGAGAAAAGUACAACCAAAGUCACCAACCAUCUGUCUCUCAUCCAGACAAUGUGGAAAGGUACAAGGAGUUUCUUACCCUGCCACUAUCAAAACGGAAGUUUUGUAGAGAAUGCCAACAACUGCUAUUGCCGCUGGAGUGGGGGAGACACUCAAGCCAUCAAGUUCUUAACAAUGUCUCUGUGGCCCAGCUAAAAAGACCUAGCCACCUACUCAAUCCUCUGGAGAAUAAGAAGACAAAUGCACAAUAUCUCUUUGCUGACAGAAGUUGCCAGUUCCUGUUGGAUCUGAUCAUUGCACAGGGAUUCAAAAGAGUGCUUUGUGUUGGCACCCCAAGGCUUCAUGAAUUGAUCAAAUUUCAAGCACCGUGCAAACAGAAAAUCAAGAGCCUUUUGUUAGAUAUUGAUUUCAGGUAUACUCAAUUUUACACAGAAGAGGAAUUUUGCCACUAUAAUAUGUUUAACCAUUAUUUCUUUGCUGGAGAGGGUGCGUAUGAAAUCUGUCAGAAAUUCUUGCAACAAGACGAAGAUGUUGUAAUGGUGGCCGAUCCUCCAUUUGGAGGCUUGGUUGAAGCUUUGGCUUUUAGUUUCAAAAAGCUGAUUGAAAUGUGGAGGCAAACAGGAGGUACAGAUACUACCAGCAAAGAGUUACCCAUACUUUGGAUAUUUCCUUACUUCUUUGAGUCACGCAUUCUUGAAUUCUUCCCACAUUUCAGCAUGCUGGAUUAUCAGGUAGACUAUGACAAUCAUGCCCUCUAUAAGCAUGGAAAGACAGGUCGUAAACAGUCUCCAGUUCGUAUUUUUACCAACCUUUCACCACAUUUGAUAGCACUGCCUGCAGAGGAAGGAUAUAGAUUUUGCUCUGUCUGUCAGCGGUAUGUAAGUUUAGACAAUCAGCACUGUGAAAUCUGCAAUUCAUGCACAUCUAAAGAUGGGAGACGAUGGACACAUUGCUAUCUUUGCAAAAAAUGUGUAAAGCCCACUUGGGUUCAUUGUAGCACAUGUGAUAAGUGUGCUCUUCCAAGUCACUCUUGUAAGAAUACUGAUGCUGGAUGCUUUAUUUGUGGAGCAGCAGACCAUAAACGCACCAACUGCCCUAAUCUGCAUCUAGCUAAGAUAGGUUAUCAAAGUGGCAAAAAGACAAAGCAAAAGAAGAAGGUAAAAGCAAAUAUGAAAAUAAAAGAUUCGAAGAAGAGAAGAACUGCAAGACAAACAAAGAACAAGAAAUAAAAGAACCCUCACUCAGUCCCAAUGUUUACAGCAUUCCAUUAAUUUCAGUGUUUUCCAGUUAUUAAAUUGGAAUUCGACAUGUUGAAAGUCUGACUGAAUUAGUUUUUGCAGUAUUAGACUGUUAAAUAAAAAUGUCACCCCAUUCAGGUGUCACAACAAGUACAGCUAUGUGUAUACAAGUACAGAUGUCUAUACAUUAUUAUAUAUUUAUAUAUAGUUACUAUUAUACACUAUUCAUUGUCUUGUGGAUGCGCUUUUAAGAAUUCAAAAACAA